AUGGGGAAUGUGGAGGGACUAUCAAGUGAAGAGAGCGCUGAAAAGAAUCGAGUCCCCUCUGAUACCCUCCGCCGUGCGCCCCAUAUUGUGAUCCUGGCCCUGCUCUAUGCAGUGGUUGCAAUAUUUGCCUGGGCAGCUCUCUGUAUACUGAACCAUCGUCCCAUCGGGGCUCGAAGCUACCAGCCCAACCUUGGCUCCAAAACCGAGUUGGAGGAUUAUUUGGGCGGUGCCAAAAGGCAGUUUCGGUACAACCGAGCGUCUUCUUCGGGCUUCUCGAAUAUGCCAAUCCCUGGCUUCGGUUCUGACCAUCCCGUUGACUUCCAUGGUCUGCUCUCUAUGGCAUUGGCUGAUAAAGGUUGGAAUGACCCGGUGCUCAUCACAAAACUCAUUGCAGGAGGGUGGAAGCGAUAUGGCUCCGUCUUUCUCGUCUUCGCCUUGGUACUAAAUCUUAUUGGCGCUUCUAUCGCGCCGUUUCAAGGAUUAUUUGUAUCAUACAAGUCGAUUAAAGUUCCUACCAAAAUGAGCUCGAUGGACUUAAUUGACUUGGAAAAAUGGAUUACCUGGGCCGCGGACCCAAUCCAUGAUAAUGAUGUGGCAGAACCCGCAACAAAGCUCAGGUCCCGACUGAUCUCAACCAGCAAUUCAGACCCUCAGUUCAGGCUUUGGUCUAGUGGAGAAGGUUGCACGAACUCUACUGAUGGUUCGAAUCAGGCAUGUAACAAGUCUGGUCAGUCCACGUUCGGAAUCAUGCCCAAUAUAAGUGAUCCUUUCUGGGCCCAGCCCCCAGUCGGGUUCCGGACUGGGUUAUGGCAGCAGUUUGCUCCUCGAGUUAACUUCACGACCAAGUAUGACAAGAUUUUAGCGGAUGAUUUCCCGAAGGACUGCAGAGAUGAACCAGGCGCGUUGUUCAUUCACUACGAGAACAUGACUGAUAUCGGUGGCUACAUCGUUGAUAUCUGCAUGCCAGGUGACCAGAAACAGUCCCCAUGGAAAGCUACUCGCAAAAGACAGGAUUUUAGCGAGGAGUUUAUACGUCAAAAUGACUCUGGAUUGGAAGGGGGAAUAUGA